UGACGUGCCCCCCCUGCAGCGAGCGUAUAUGACGGCCGUGUGUGGGUGUGGCUCGCUGAUCUAACAGCAUACAGGUGGGGCAGGUGGCUGGACGAUCGAGCUGGUAGCAGGAGCUGAUCGACCAAUGGGGUGGGCGAUCGCGCUGCACGGCGGCGCCGGGGACAUCCCGCGCACGCUGCCGCCGGAGCGCAGGGAGCCCCGCCUCGCCACGCUCCGCCGCUGCCUCGACCUCGGCGCCGCCGCGCUCCGGGCCGGCCGCUCCGCCCUCGACGUCGUCGAGCUCGUCGUGAGGGAGCUGGAGGACUGCCCGCACUUCAACGCCGGCAAGGGGUCGGUGCUCACCAGCGACGGCACGGUGGAGAUGGAGGCCUCCGUGAUGGACGGCACCGACAUGCGCUGCGGCGCCGUCUCGGGCCUCUCCACCGUCGUCAACCCAAUCUCGCUCGCCAGGCUCGUCAUGGACAAGACGCCCCACAUCUACCUCGCCUUCGACGGAGCAGAGGCCUUCGCGAGAGACCAGGGUGUGGAGAUUAGGGACCAAAGCCACUUCAUAACAGAGGAAAACAUUGAGAGGCUCAGAAACGCCAAAGAGGCCAACAGGGUGCAGAUCGACUACACCCAGUACAACUACACCCAGCCAAUCCAAGCCCCCAACGACGACGACAACAGCCGGACCGGCACGGUGGGCUGCGUGGCCGUCGACGCCUCGGGCGGCCUGGCGUCGGCGACCUCCACGGGCGGCCUGGUGAACAAGAUGGCCGGCAGGGUCGGCGACACCCCGGUCAUCGGCGCCGGCACCUACGCCAACGCCCUCUGCGCCGUGUCCACCACGGGCAAGGGCGAGGACAUCAUCCGGCACACCGUGGCGCGCGACGUGGUGGCGGUGAUGGAGCACCGGGGCCUCCCACUGGAGGAGGCCGCCGCGCGCGUCGUGGCCGGCGUGCCCCGGGGCUCCGUGGGGCUGGUGGCCGUGUCGGCCGCCGGGGAGGUGACCAUGGCGUACAACACGACGGGGAUGUUCAGGGCGUGCGCCACCGAGGAUGGGCACUCCGAGGUUGCCAUAUGGCCUGCCUGAUCCUGAAUCCUGAUGAUGGGGAGAGCUAAGCGUUGGAGAGUAAACUACCAGCUGAUUAUGUGUGUCUCUGUCUGCUUUCUCUAGUGUCUGCUGCAGGUGCACAUCUCUGCUUUGGCAAUUGCCACUGCGAGGCAAAGAACUCCAUCAGUUUGAUGUUUCUGUUCAUGUUGUAAGGAUUUAGCUAAUUUGGUAUCAAUAUUAUUGGAAGUUUGUGUUAUCAUUAA